AUGAAACAAGAAGAUCGAGGAAAUACAAAAUCCAAUACUCCUAAUCAAGUAUCAGCCCAUGGUCGGAAGCAGAAAGCAUCAAAUAGUAGAUCUAGCCGAAGUCGAAAAUCUAAAGACCGUGCAUCUAAAAGGAAGUCACAUGCCAAAGGUAAUGAAUCUUCCCAACCGGCAGAUGCUUCUGCUUUGAAACGUAAGAAAAAUGAACGUUCCAAAACCGUACCUGAAAAGACUCGUAGUAGUGGUCGUUGUACACGUUCUUCAACUUCUGCCGUAGUUGCUAAGUCUACACCAAAAGCCAAAGUAUCCAACGCAUCAACAAAAGAAACUUAUUCUUAUUCUGAUAUGUUUCUUGCGGAUGAUGAUGAACACGAUUCGGAUGAAAACGUUGAUGUUGGGGAUGAAGAUAGUGAAUAUGCUCCAUCUGAUGAAGAAACUCUUAAUAAAUUGUCAAAAAUAUCAAAGUCUCGUAAGGGAGUUUCUUCACGCACACGCCGAAGUUCAAAGGCCCAGUUGACAGUCAGUAGUGAUGUGGAAGAAGGUGGAUCCACUGACGAAGACGAAGCUGGAGAGUCCGAAUCAGAAGAGGAAGAUGAGGAUGAUGAAGAACUGGGAGAUUCUAUUUUAAUGGAUCAUUCUGGUGUUAAUGGUGGUAUGCCAAUACAGUUAUUUGAAGAUGAAAGCAAUCAUAUACAAAGAGAUAUUUAUGAUUUCGAUGCACAAAGCAUUAUUUCAGAUAAACGUGUUACUUCAUUAAAGAAAAAGAUACCAACAAAUGCUGUCAAUCGUGGUAUGAAUGUAACGUCAGCUAGUCGGUCAACGCGUAGAACAGCUUCUGGAAAAGGAACUAGUUGGGGAUCGAAUAUUUAUAGUGCUCUUGCAGCUGCUCUUAAAACACGCGCAGAUUUAGAUGCUUAUUCAAGUUUCUUGAAAUCAAAUGUUUUAAAUGCUAGUUUCGAUAAAUUUUUAGCGGAGAUCUGUAAACCUAGUAAUCAACAUGCUAAUUUAUUUUAUGGUGCAUCUGCCAGUUUACAAAGUCUCAUGAGUCGUAUUAAUGAUCAUGAUAAAGUAGUUGAACUAUUGCAUGCAUUUGUCGCACGUCCAUAUGAUCAAUUACAACAUCGUAUUGUUUAUUUAAUACCUAUAAUUCAUCAACCAUUGUUUGGUGUUGCUCAUAUGACACCAAUAAGUCAACAUCUUGAAACACUUAGUAAAGAUAUUGAUGAAGAACUAAUUAUUAAACCGGCUUAUAUUCUUAAUCAAGAGACAAAUUUACUAGCAAUUCGUAGUUCUGUCGCAAGUGAUUUUGGUGUAUCAAAUACCCAGUAUAAUUUUAUUACUGGUGCUGGUAAUCUUGGAAGAUACAUGCCAGAUAUUCAUCAAUUAAUUGUUCCAUCGGAUUUGUAUCAAAGAUUAACUGAACUAGUUGCAUUGCCUCCAGAGCGAAUUUAUGAAUUAGCUCUUGCCAGAGUACAUCAACAAGACGAGGAAGCUGAUAUAGAUAUUAGUCCACUUGAACCACCGAAUUUACAAAGAAUUGUUUUAGCUAUUAAUAAAGAAGGUCAGUUGAUUGGGAUAGCAAUUUUAGACACAUGGAAUAGUACUGAAAUUCCACAUAACAGACCAAAAGCUCCUAUCGAUCUAAUUAACAUAACUUCAUUAUCGGACAAAACUUUUUCAGUAGACCAACAUGGUACAGAAGAAGCAAAUCGUCAAACUAGAGAGGAACAAGUUCGUGAAGUGCUAGAUAACAUUAUUGAUUGGGUUGUUUUAAAAUCUGAUCCUAAAGAUUAUAGUUCACUAGCAAAACGUGGAAACAAGCAAGAGUCUUCUCCACUUGGACCAGUACGUUUUAUAGAUGCAUUUAUUGUUAAACCAAAUGGACGUCGAGAUACUUUACUAUUAGUUGCGCAUCCUGUUAGUUGUCAUCCAUCUGAAAAUGCUGUUGAAAAUGAUAAUUUCUUUGUUUAUUCUGUUGUUGAUGAAUCAAAGUUUUGUCUAGAAAAACAUGGAUUUAUGCCAGAAUUAUCUAUAGCACUUGAUGGUGUACAUACAGUUGAUCCAGAAGAUAUACUUGAAGAUAAAUCUUUGUUAGUAGUUCCUGAUCUUUUAUUUGAUACUUUACGAAAAGUUAUGCUACGUGAAUUGGCCAGUUCUAGUAGUACAGCUGCUGCUGCUGCAGCUGUUGUUGCUUCGUCGAGACCAGACACUACAACUCUUCCAUUGACAUCAACUGGUCCUGCAGCUGUAAUUCACUGUACAAAAUUUGUCAUACUCGAUCGCCAAAGGCGUGUUCCACUUGCGAUUGCAUUUGAUUCACCUGUUCGCCUUACUCUCCAGGUAGCAGAUGAUAAGCUUGGUUUACACCCCCACGGUGAAGCUGCUUCUGUCAAUUUCGAUCAAAUCACUCCUUCAGAGUUAAAGUCAUAUGAGUCAUCAUUUAAGCCAACUUCUGCUGAAUAUCGUUUAGUUGCUAUAAACGGUUUGUUGUAUGGUUUACAAAUCGACGAUCAACGUGUUAUUCGCCGUAUUAUUGAGAUUGUUCCCGCUCGCUAUGAUUCCAUAUAUCCUCAUACAGGAAAUCCAUCACUUUGUGCACAGUCUAUCUCUGCAGCUCACAAGUCUUGUCCGUCUAACGUUCGGAUAGUGAAUGAUGAGACUAACAGUUCAACUGUUUUACCAGCAUUUUAUUAUCCUCAUUAUGAACAAACCAAAUUAUGUAGUGUUGUUUCUGGUUUCACCGAUCAUUUGUGCAGUCUGUUUUUCGAAUUGCCUGUCUCAGUUAGUUUGUACGAUGUUGUUUUACGUAUGGCACAAAAAUAUAUGCCAGAGAUUUUAGCUAGACAGCAUAUUGAGGCAGCAGAGGCUGCAGCUUAUGCUGAAGCUGCUGCAAAUCCUCAUGCUCCUCCGCCAUCACCAGUUCCUCUUCCUGAACACUGGGGUGUUUGUUGUUUAUGUGCUAAAGAACUGCGUUCACCAAACGGUUUGUUGGAUCAUGAAAUGAGACAUUUAGGUCUCUCUAGGUUCCGUUGUGGAGUUCAUAAUGUUUCGUUCCUUGAUCGGCGAUCAUGGCAAGUUCAUAUGAAUGAACACCACGCAUGCCCACGUUCAGGUCCUUUAUCUGUUCUUUUACGUCCUAAUCCAGUUAAUCAAAAUGAUUCGGGAAGUGACCAAGAAGAAGAAGAAGAAGAACUAGUUGAACAGGACACUGUCCCAGGUAGUGGUUUACUCGCUGGACUUGCAAACGUAUUCAACACAAAUCUUUUAAUUGGUCGAAUGGAAGCUCCACAAUGCGAAAAAUGUAGUGAUUAUUUCCCAUCAGCAGAAGUACUUGCACAACAUUUAGACUUUUGUGAUGGUGUUAGUUUCUCUCUUCGUACUCCUUUAUCUCGAAUCGGCAGUGGUGUUCCAAAGCCUAUCCUGGCAGAUGAUUCAUACACCAGGUCUGGAGAUGAUGCAACUGUAGAAGCUUCUGGUCCAAAUGCUGAUGAAGUGACAUCAGACUCCAAAGAUGAUGCAUGUGUUUGUGGUAUCUGUGGAACCCAAGUCAAUUCACGUGAUAAAAUACUUCGACACUUCACUGUUUAUCACCUUCAAUGCAUUUUGUGUAAUAACAUCCUUCGGUCAAUGGAAGAAUUGUCUGAUCAUUAUCACACACACAUAAAAACAGAUGCACCAAAUGCUUUGGAAGAAUUUGAGAAUGAGGAAGCUGAACUAUUGAAAAGUGAUCCAGAUAAAGAAGUAAAUCUCAAGGACGGUAUAAAUAAAAAAUCAGCAAAUAAACUGAUGACAUGUGACAUUUGUACAGAGUUUUAUGGAACGAAGUUUAACUAUUAUUUUCAUCAGUGGGCAGAACACGGAGUAGUACAUCCAGGUGACGGAGUGUCGGAAAAUAUGCUUCAUAUGCUCACCCAAACACGACAUCUUCGACAACGUGUCGAUAAAGAAGAUCUUUCUUCUCUCGGUAUUCGUAAAAUGAAAUGUAAACUAUGCGGAUUUGUUGUUCGUUGCAGUGGAAAAGAUUACGUACAACAUCUUAGUGAAAAACACAAUAUCAAUACCACUCUUGAGGAUAUUUGUCGUAUUUGCGCUGAUGUUUUUGAAACUCCAGAGGAUCUUUCUGCUCAUCUUGGUGAAAUACAUUUUCCCACCGGAGAAUUUGCCAAUGCCGGUGUUCAGACAAUAUUUCGUUGUACACAUUGUGAAUUUUGGGGUUUCAAUAAAGGCUUGUUAAGACAUUCUCGUGAAGUACAUGAUGAUCCUUGCCCGUCUAUAUAUGAAUGUAUCCACUGUUACGAGAGAUUCACUGAUAAAAGAGUAUGGCGUGCUCAUAUGGAUAAACAUAAUGAAGGUUAUUCACACAGAUGCAUGGAAUGUGGACGGGCAUUUCGGUUAAGACCUUCUCUUCUUCAUCAUAUGCGUUGUCAUCAUGGGGAUGAUCAAGGGCCAGCAACUUGCGAAUACUGUGGCUUGAUUUAUCCUAAACGAUCGUCGUUAAGAUAUCAUAUCUUCCGUAUGCAUAAUCAGGAACUAGCUCAUGAAUGCUUCAUGUGUCAACGACGUUUCCGUCUAGAAACAGAACUUCGACGUCAUGUAAAGGAAAUGCACAGUGGAGCUGUCAAAUGUGAAAUAUGUCAUAAAGUAUGCGCUAACCUAAGAUGUUAUGCUCAACAUAGACAAAAACACUUUCGUACUCGUAUUUAUCAGUGUACUGAUUGUCAAACAACAUUCAAGAGCAAAUUGGCUAUGAAACGUCAUAUUCGAGUAGAACAUUUACAACUAGGUCCUGAAAAGUUCGAAUGUCAGAUAUGUGGAAAGAUUGUUACACAAAUUGGCAUGCAUAUGUUAAUACAUAAAGAAGCACGUUUUGAAUGUGAAUAUUGCAAUAAACGAUUUACUAAAGCUGCCUAUUACAAUGAACAUCUUCGAAUACAUCGUGGUGAACAACCAUUUGAAUGUCAUAUAUGCAGAAAGCGUUUUAACAAAAAAUCAAAUCUGAAUGUUCAUUUGAAAUUUCACGAGAAACAUCGUGAUGAAGAAGGAAAUUAUCUUGAAUUGAAACCACGUGGUCGUAUUAGUACAAUGUUUGGUGACGCAUUAAUGAGUCCAAGUGAUAGAGCAGCACGACAAGCUGCUGCUGCUAGAUCAAUGAAUUCAAUAAUUUAUGUACCAAAAGUUGAUGUAGCCGUUGGAAGUGAUUUUCCUGGUGCUUUCAAUUGUACUGGACCAGCUGGUGCAGCAGCUGAAGCUGCUUCACGUGUAGUUGAAUUAUACGGUCUUGAUAAUAAUAAUAAUAAUGAUCAUCAUCAUCAUCAUAAUAAUAACAAUAUUAUAAAUAUGAAUCAUACAAAUUCUAAUAAUUUUAUUCCAGAAUCAAUUAAUUUAAAUGAUGAUUUAUGUAAUAUGGAACCUUCAGUUAAAAAACAACGUUUAACGUAA